GCCGCCAGCUUUUCAAUCGGCCAGCCGGUUAUCAGAAAAACUCCUGAGAGAGGAGCAUUGCUUCCGGAAGGAGUGGAGGCGGCUGCGAGCUGUGGAAUCCACACCCGCCCGCACCUUCGCCGCCAGCCAGCCGGAGCUCUGCGCAAGGCACGCUGGGACCCGCGGAUCUCAACCACCGUCACCAAGGCAACCGGCGAGCGCGCGGUCGUCACGGAGACCGGCUAGCGCCUCGGGGAGCGUCGGCCGGCGGCAGCCUUCGCCCGCAGCCCAGGCAGGAUGCUUCGCCGGGGCUCUAAGGCCUCUGAAAGGCGAAGGCACUUGAGCGACCGCGUCAGCUGGCAACAAGAGCAGGCGCUGAGCAGCAGCAUCUACCUCCUACGAGAGAUGGGCCCCACCGGCUUCCUGCUGAGGGAGGAGGAGCCGGAACCCAGGGAUUUCCGAGUUUUUCUAGGAAAUCCUCAUAUUUGUAACUGUUCCACGUUUCUGAAAGGAGGGGAGCUUUGUAAGCAUAUAUGCUGGAUCUUGUUGAAAAAAUUCAAGCUUCCAAGGAAUCAUGAAUCUGCGUUGCAGUUAGGUCUUGUGGAAGGAGAAAUCAAUGAUCUGCUUCGGGGGAUACACCGAGUUCAAACUCCUCAACGAGGAACGAAUGACACAAAUGCACAUAUUGAAGAAGAUGGGUACAUUAAACAGAAAGAAAUUGCUUCAGAUGAUAUCUGCUCUAUUUGUCAAGAAGUACUUUUGGAGAAAAAGCUCCCUGUCACCUUUUGCAGGUUUGGCUGUGGCAAUAGUAUUCAUAUAAAAUGCAUGAAGAUCUUAGCUGAUUAUCAGGAUAUAUCGAACACUUCCAUGCUGAAAUGUCCUCUGUGUAGGCAUGAGUUUGCACCCUUAAAACUUAUUUUAGAGGAAUUCAAAAACUCUAGCAAACUUGUAACUGCAGCUGAGAAAGAACGACUGGACAAACACCUUGGAAUUCCCUGUAAUAUCUGUAAACAAUUUCCAAUUGAGGGGACAUGUUACAAGUGUACCAAAUGUAUAGAAUAUCACUUAUGCCAGGAAUGUUUUGAUAGCUGCUACCAUCUUUCUCACCCAUUUACAUUUCGUGAGAAGAGAAAUCAAAGAUGGAAGUCACUAGAAGGAAGAUCAGAUGAAAUUGUAAAAAAUAGAGAUGUUAAAAAUGAGAUAGAAGAAAAGAUACCACAUUUUCAAGAAAAGCAAGGCCAGGUUUACACACCCAAACACGUGGUAAAGUCACUGCCUCUCAUACUGAUUACAAAGAAGAGUAAGCUGCUUGCUCCAGGUUUCCAGUGUCGGCUUUGUUUGAAGGCAUUUUGUCUUGGUCAACAUACAAGAUUGCUACCAUGUACUCACAAGUUUCAUAGGAAAUGUAUUGACAGUUGGUUAUUCCAAAAGUGCAAUUCAUGCCCUAUUGAUGGACAAGUUAUAUAUAAUCCUUUAAUCUGGAACAAUACAGCAGUGAAUGGACACGCACAUCAGUCUGUUUCAAACACAGACAUCACUCAUCUGUCAAAGCAGCAAGAAUCAGAACUUUUUAUUCCUGGUACUGGAUUAGUCUUAAAACAAAAUAGACUUGGAAUUUUACCUGGCAUACCUGAAUGUAAUUCUGAAAAGUUAAAUACACCUCAAAGUCCGACAGAUACCUAUCAGAAUAUAACAGUUGAUGAUCUAUUCUCUAUCAAAUUAGAUGAUUCAAAUUCAAGAAAAUUAAUCUAUGAAUAUAAAAUUAGCCAGCAUUUCCCCAGGUAUCUUCAAGAUUUACCGUCUGGAUCCUUUGGGAAAAUAUCAUCUCAAACAUUUCUUCCUUCCAUUGCUCACAAGAAUAUUAUAUGUCCCGCUGGAAUGGAAAUCCCGUGUAUCAAUGAAAAAUACCACACUCGUCAAAGCCAGAAGAUGACCAAAGACUGUAAACAUAUUAAGCACAAUCCAAAGAAAACUCUUGGUACUAAAAUAAGAGAGAACAACACGAGAUCAAAUUCUUUCCUUCCAGAAGAUUUAAAUCAUAUUGCCAACUGGGAUACAACUAAACCUAAUUUGUCUAAAAGGUAUAAUAAUUGUACGGGGAAAAUUAGACAAAAAUGUAGUCAUCUAUCAAGAAGGCCUAUAUCUCACCCUUUAAAUACAAAAAGUACUGAGCUAUCUUUAAUACUGGAGGGAAUUCAGUUAUAAAAAUGUAUUUUUGAUUAACAUCAGAAAAUAUUUGAAUAUGGAACAUAA